AUGAAAAAACAGAGAAAGUCUUUGAAAGAAACUUUUAAGCCAUAUGCAUUCACCAAAGACACCAAAUGGACACAGGAGCUUAUUUCUUUGUCAUCUGAUAAGCCAUUACCAUUUUCACUUUAUCCUGAAUCGUUUCUUGUAUCUGAUGCAUUAGAUCAACUGAUUGAAUAUGUUAUGAGAGAUUUUGUUCUUUCGUGGUAUCGUUCUUUUACUAGCGACACCGUUUUCCCUUCUCAGGUAGAUCAUACUCUACGGCUAGCGUUCUCACAGAUUAUCAACCGUUCAUCUCGCAUCAAUUGGCCAGACCUUAUUGUGACAAAGAUGGUCCCCGUACUUACAGAGCAUUUCAGAAAGUUUACUGCAGCUGAUUCCGCCGUUAGAGAAAAAUCUAUGGGUAAAAAUCUUACUGACAAUAGUGAGUUUCAGUAUGCCGUAGCCCUUCAGUAUUCUCAGGGACGUCUUCAUCCCGCUCUUCAACCUUUAAAACAUUAUCAAUAUGACUCUUACCGAAAAAAUUGGCUUCGCGACCUUACUUCAAAACUGAUCUUAGUUUUAAUAGGGGAUACGGCUACUAGUACUGUUGUCAAUAGCUUAGCUAGUGACAUAUUGGCAUGUUCAAUUUUUUUCCCUACGUUAACGAUGCUGUCGGAUCCUGAUUUUUGGAAUCAGCUUGUUAUUACAAUGGCAGGUCCAACUCUUCAAGAUCGAAAAAAGGUUGAACAGCUCAGAAAAGCAUUAAAUGAGCACGCAACAUUGGGAAGUCGCUCUGGUUUUAAGAAUUUAUCGUCUGCAAGUUCAUCUGCGUAUGCCAUUUUAAAUUCUGAUGCUGGCCAAAAUGAUUUCGAUCAUUUCUUUAAAGAUAUACAGAAAUGCAAAUCAAUACCUGAAGCAAGAAAAAUCAGAUACUAUAUUUCAUCUCAACUUGAUAGAAUACCCAAAGAUGCAACAAAUGAAAAUUAUAUUAAACUAUUAAAUCAAGCUCAGUAUUCUGUUGAUAAACGCAUAAAAAAACUUGUUGGAGUUGGAAAGAAGUCUUCUCGCUUUAAUGAAGAUUCUUCACAAACAUAUGGCCAUGGGGGACUUCUUAACCACGAUCCUAGAAAAGAUUACAAUUUACUUGAAAUUUUAAAUGAUCCUGCUUAUCGCCAAUCUUUCACUGAAUUUAUGGACCUUUCUAAACAAUCUCUGCUGGUUCAAUUUUGGUUGACAAUGAAUGGGUUAAGGAAUCCAUUGGAAGAAGACGAUGACGAUGACGAAGAUGACACAAAAGAUAUUUUCAGUAAUAUUAAUUCGAAUAGUCAAAUUACAGGGAAUAGUUUUUCCGGAAGUCCAAGUUCAUCAUUUCUUAGUAGUAAUAAUGGAAUUAGUGAAAUUAAAGACAAUGCUGGUACUAUGGGAAUUUUGAUUAGUGAAAAUGAUAUAUACCAAAUUUUUAACACUUACUUUUCUGGUAAAAUGCCUUGUAUAAGUAAGGAAGCCCAGAAAGCCGUUCAAAAUUUUGUUGAAGCACCAAAAAAGUCACAUGAACUAAUAUCCCUAGCAAGAAGAGCAUUGAUUCAUACCCAAAACGCAGUUUUUAAAGAACUUCAAGAUGUUUAUCUUGUCAAUUACAGAAAAUCGGAUGUUUUUCUCAACUUUCUUGCUUCUGAUCGUAAGCAAGCAGCCGAAAAGGCCACCACCACUGCUGAAAGCACUAUUGAUUCUUUACAAAUGGAAAGCAUUUCUGAUUAUGAAGAACCUGUUAAUAAGCCAAAUGAAAAAGAUGUUGAAGAUAUUGAAAAGGUCUUUGACUCUAUUAUGGGAAAUAAGUUUACAGGACCCAGCCGAAGUAAUACUUCUUCAUUAAAUGAAGUUUUUUUGGGUAAUAAUCUUAAAUCAAGUUCCAAAAUUUCGGGUUUGGUUGAAGAUAAAAGAGUGAAACGAAAUUCCGGUGCCCCUUUACCUUUAUUUGAGGAUUCUGAAAGUGAAAUGUAUUCCGAUAUGGAUACUGCCGAUGAAACUGGUGAUGAGCAUGAAGAGAAGCCAACAAGUGAGCUUCAUUUAGCCGCGCCAGGUGAUCUUGGGUUAACUGAAGCAAUUAAUAUGCUGACAAAGCAAAUAAAAGUUUUGUAUCGUCAAGAACAGGUACUCGAGCCACUUCUUCAGAAAGCUGAGCUAACAAAUAAUGUUGGAAAUUUAAGAGUUUUGAGAAAAUCCAAAGCAAGUUUAGAGCGAGAAAUUCAAAGAAAAGAGUUACAACGUCAGCAAUAUAUUGUUCAAGAGUCGGAAAACAGUUUAUAUGGUCGUUCCAACAUUCAAAUUCAAUCUCAUAUGACUGCUCGAGACUCAAAUGGACCGUUUAUUCUUUAUGUUAUUGAAGUUGAGCGACUUGAUUUUAACGGUAAUAUUUCUGCUGGAUGGGUUGUUGCCAGAAGAUAUUCUCAAUUUUUUCAGCUCCACCAACUUCUUAGAAGCAUUUUCCCUCAAGUACGAAAUCUAGAAUUUCCUAAAAAACGGGUCGUCUUAAAGUUUCAACAAAAAUCAUUUGCUGAUGUUCGCCGUAUUGCACUUCAAAAGUAUCUUCGUGACUUGCUUCAAAUGCCGGAUGUUUGUAGGUCAAAAGCAUUUCGGAUGUUUCUUUCCUCUGAAACAUUUUCAAUAGAUUCCGUCAAGGAUUAUGUUCCCAAAUCUAGUAAGGAAGGAACUGCAGCUGCUGCUUUAGCAGCUACUGGUGGGAAAAGGGACUCAGCAUUUUAUCUUGAUGAAUAUGAAAGUGAUGGGGAUGAGGAUAUUUAUGAUGAUACUGAAAUGAGUUCAAGUGGUCUUAUUGGAGGUUAUAAUAAUGCUGGGGUACCAUUUACGCAGGACUCUGGCUUUCCUACAUUAGCCCUUGAAGCAGAGGCUGAGAUGGAAGAUCCUUCUCAUAAACCCUUUAUACAACCCAUCUGUGAUUUUUUCAUUCAAAUCUUUGGAUUUGACCGUGGAAAUAAUUGGGUUAGAGGUCGUGCUGUUGUUGUGGUUGUUCAACAGAUUCUUGGUGGAACCAUUGAACGAAAACUUCGGGAGGCUAUUGUUGGAAAUUUAGCUUCCGAAAAGAAUUUUACUGAUGGAAUUCAAAGACUGCUUGACGCAAUGUGGCCCAAUGGUAUUUCAUUUAUGGCAGCACAAGCUUCAAAAGCUGAAUCACAACCCGAAAGAACAGGUGCUGAGAAAAUGAAAUGCAAACAUGAUUCAAGAGUGAUUGUUCAUACACUUAUCCGGGAUACAUGUAUGAAAAUAGUGGGGUCUACAUCUUCUAAGUAUGCUUCUUAUCAUUUAUUUGAAAUGUUUCAGCAUGAAAAACUUAAUGCACACCUAGUAUACUCUUUGUUAGAUGUUUUGAUAGAUGAAUUAUUCCCUGAGGUUUAA